UUGAUUUUCUUGUUGGACGAUCCGAGAUCCGCAGCGCGAAAAGAAGCGACUUCUCAAAGACGAACAGGAAAGAAGAAAUAAUUUUAAUUUUAUUUCUUCUUCUUUACAAAUCCCCCAAAAAAUCGAAAUCUGAAUUUUUGCGCUCGACCGCAAUUUGCAGUACCGCUCGAUUGUUCGAUUCCCAAACGACGCCCGAGAUCGAGAUUUAGCAGCUGAUAUCAGACGCCCAGCCGCUGUUAACCCCCGCCUUAUUAGCAGCGAGUGGAACUCCUGAGCUCCUGCGGAUUACCUACCACCUUUUUUGCCUCCAGGCUUCUUCCAACCGAGCCGACUGAAGCAUCAGCACAACAUCAACCUUGUAUUUUUUGGCGAGAGGGGCCCAGUUUCUAGCACUUUCGAGAUCCCGCUCUUUUUCGCCCUCUUCACGACAACUCUUGCACCGACAUCGAAUCUUUCGCAGCCUCGCUUUUCUAGGCGCCCUUUUUUUUUCUCUCCAUCUCCCGUCGUUAUUUCCCCGCGAAUCACCAACGAUCCGUCACAAUGGCCGAGUUUGUGCGUGCGCAGAUCUUUGGCACCACGUUUGAGAUCACCUCAAGAUACUCAGACCUCCAGCCUGUGGGCAUGGGAGCGUUUGGUCUUGUCUGCUCUGCGCGGGACCAGCUCACCAACCAAAAUGUUGCUGUCAAGAAGAUUAUGAAGCCCUUUAGCACGCCUGUGCUCGCUAAGCGGACGUAUCGCGAACUGAAGCUGCUCAAGCAUCUCCGACACGAAAAUGUUAUCUCUCUCAGCGACAUCUUCAUUUCUCCCCUUGAGGAUAUCUACUUCGUCACAGAGCUUCUCGGAACCGACCUGCACCGAUUAUUAACAUCACGACCGCUCGAGAAACAAUUCAUUCAAUACUUCCUCUAUCAGAUCAUGCGCGGUCUGAAAUAUGUCCACUCCGCCGGUGUCGUCCAUCGUGAUCUCAAGCCCAGCAACAUCCUCGUCAACGAAAACUGCGAUCUCAAGAUUUGCGACUUUGGCCUGGCCCGAAUUCAGGACCCGCAGAUGACGGGCUACGUAUCAACACGAUACUACCGUGCCCCCGAAAUCAUGCUCACAUGGCAAAAGUACGAUGUCGAGGUCGAUAUCUGGAGUGCUGGAUGCAUUUUUGCCGAGAUGCUGGAGGGCAAGCCUCUGUUCCCGGGCAAGGACCACGUGAACCAGUUCUCCAUCAUCACCGAGCUGCUUGGCACGCCCCCGGACGAUGUUAUCAACACUAUUGCUAGUGAGAAUACGUUGCGUUUCGUCAAGUCGCUGCCAAAGCGUGAGAGACAGCCCCUUCGGAAUAAGUUUAAGAACGCUGAUGAUUCGGCCAUUGAUCUCUUGGAGCGAAUGCUCGUUUUCGACCCUAAGAAGCGAAUAACUGCUACUGAAGCUCUGGCUCACGACUACCUUGCGCCAUACCACGACCCUACCGAUGAGCCUGUUGCCGAAGAGAAGUUUGACUGGAGUUUCAACGAUGCUGAUCUCCCUGUUGAUACCUGGAAGAUCAUGAUGUACUCUGAAAUUCUUGACUACCACAACGUCGAGGGUGUCCCCCAAAUGGAAGACCAACAAUUCCCCCCACAAUAGAUGGAGAGAGUAGAGGUGCAGAAUUCGGAAUAAAGGGCGGUAUAAACUAUUUUUUGAGCUGCUGCAAAGAAGACGGACAUACGAAAUGCGCCCGCGCACGCACGAGUAGACAGACAGACAGACAGACGCUUACACGUUACACAAAGGGACCAGUGCACCCUGUUGAUGUUGUUAUUAUUCCGUGGCAGUUGCGAUUUUUUUCUUACAGUUUUUUCCGGCGUUGAAAUGGAAGAAUUAGGGAUGGAAAGGGGGGAAGGGGGAAACAUAAGGGAGGGUUUUAAAUAUGUGUAAAGACUUGCGAUUGUGUGCAGCGAACGAUAAAAUAUACGAAGAAACGGAUUUUCCUUUCAUUAAUUACGGGUGCUUUUGAAGGUGAUAGUUUUAUUGAGGGUUGUGAACGACAUACCUUAGGUACCUACCUAUCUGGCAGAUAGAGAAUUUGUACCAGCUUGAGCUGCCUUCAGACCGUCUUGGAUAUCAAAUAGGACUUUUGACGGUAUGGAAAUGAUUAAAUCCAUCCAGCUAUACAGGUCUGGGUGGGAGAAUCUAAGAAUAUCUCAUGGUACUUGGUACAUACGCGAGAUGUUGG